GGAGUACUUCAACUUGGAAACGGACCGCAGUGGUGGAUGGGCACACUUGGGUCUGUCGAAUCCAUUGCAAUAUCUCCGAAUGGCCGCAUCCUCGCAAGCGCAUCGCGGGACAAGACAGCACGAUUAUGGAACCUCGACCGGCCCAUCGGUUCACCCCUCCACCAUGCGAAUUCCGUGCUUUCUGUGUCUUUUUCGGCAAAUGGAAAGGUACUAGCCACCAGCUGCAUGGACAGCAAUGCGUAUACAUGGGACCUUUCUGCGAUAAUAAAAGAGGCUGGUCUCAACGAACUUUUGUUGAGUCAGCCCGACAACUUGAAGUUGGUUCCCACCGCUGAUGCUACACGACGUCCAGUCCGUCAGCCGAUCAUCGUCCCCCAGCGCCAGGUACCUCAAGGUUUUUUUGACGACUUACCAAAUCGCGCUCAUUUUCUGCACAUUACCGCCUCCACCCUCGAUCAUGGGCAUCGCAUGUCACCAUACUUCGUGGCCGAUUUUCCUCUUUAUUCCGCCCUAUACACCCCGAUGUCCACGAUGCGUCAUCCGCACCCCACCCUUUUCACUGGGUUCGAAAUCGUGGAAGACCAAAGGAUGAAGAUAACGAGCUACGCGAGCAUCCCUCAGCAGUCGUCGACGUUCCGUAUGCCAAGGGCAAACGUGUAUGUCAUCGUCCUUCUCGAAUAUUCAAACCCCAUCUCAUACCACACAGAUGAAUGCAUCAGCAAGAGAAAGACGGAUGAAAAUAAUUCCAUUGAAACUAGGAACCCUGCUGCAAGCACCUCGCGCCCUCCCAAUAGCAACGCCGCGCAAUCCAGCGGCACGGCUCAGCCUCAGUCAUCUUCGCAACCACAGGCUGCUGUCUCACGUCAUCCAUCACACCUCCCGCUGUCGCUAACACAACUCCAAGCACCGAUCCUCAUAUCAUAAUCAAACACGCCGGGCGCUGGACCCGUUUUUGGGUCUCUAUAUGUUGUGCCUCCUCUGAGUAUAUCGACGGUCAUAAUUGAUCUACCCGGUCUAUUUUCCUGUCUGUUACAAAGAUCUCCUUUGUCCUUUGAAAUUCUAUGACAUUCGAUACAACGCUGUUUCUUAUAAUAUCAUAAACCCGUACAUUAAACCAUUGUCGACUGAUAUAUUGCAUUGUAUCGCGCAAACCGUACUCACUUUCAGACUUGAACAAUCUUUAGAUGAUUUGAA